GGACGUCCACAAGAUCCACCAAGAGGGCAGAGAACGAAGUAUUGUAUAUAGAGGUGAAAGCUGGAAACUGAAGAAAUGGAAUUAUAAGAGGUGACUCCACAUACUGUAGGAGAAUUCAAGGCCCUAGAGAAUAUAACUGUGAGUCAUCUAAUAUGGGAUUGAGAAAAGGUUUUGUUUUUGUGGAUUAUUAUUUGGCUUUAAUGCUUAUUGGAUCUCAGCUGUGGAGCAAUUCUGUCUGUGAAGAGCUCCCUGGAUAUAAGAUAGAUACAAGUCCAUCGGUGACGGUGCAGCGAGGUCUCUGUGUCCAUGUUCCAUGCUCAUUUACCGUGGCCAGUGAUAAACAGUUAUCUAUAUCUACCACUGGUAUAUGGUAUAUCAACAAUGGCACUCAAUAUAUUGCUGCUUCUAAAAACAAUUCUGUACAUCAGACAUUUGGACGCUUCUUUAUAACUGGAAAUGUGUCUAGCGGAGACUGCUCAUAUUCCAUAGAAGACCCAUUGCCUGCAGAUGAGGGAAGAUAUUUAUUUAGAUUUGAAGAUGGUCCCCUAAAGUUCAGCUAUCAGGAUAUCCACCCUUAUGUGAACAUAACCGACCUCACAGAUAAACCUAACAUCUCCUCUACAAGGCUGGUGGAUGGGAAGCUGGUGACUUGGACCUGUACAAGUCCUGGUCAAUGCCGAAAUAUAAAACCACGGAUUACAUGGGAAGGUAUAAUACAGGAGAUGUUUGACAUCACCUAUGAAGAUGGUAGCAGAACCUUCCAUUCCAAUAUCACAUUUAACCCAAGGAGGUCACACAACAAUUCCACAUUAUUCUGUAGAGUGACCUUCAAAUCAGGUGUGACCACAGUGGAGAAGAGGACACUGAAUGUUGAAUAUUCUCCAUCAGUGAUUAUCACCGUAGAAGGUGCUGAUACUGAUGAUAUCACCACUGUGAAAGUGAAGGACGGGGAUUCUAUAACUAUGAAGUGCAUUGUAGACAGUAACCCGGAGGCUUCCAUUACUUGGUAUAAAGAAGAAAUGGAGGUUCAGCGGACUAUAAGUGACCGGACUGUCACCCUUACACUCAGCAACAUUACCCUGAGUGAUGCUGGAAGAUAUCGGUGUUCUGCAGAGAAUGAACAUGGGUCCGCACACAGGACGGUAGAAAUCAUAUAUGACAAUGGAGACUCCAAUCACAUUACACAAAUUAUCCUAGCAACAAACGGAACAAUCUACCUCCUGCUGCUUGCAUUGCUUGCAUUUGCUUGCUGGAGAAAAAAACAGAAGAAGCUGACAAGUGCUGAGAUAGAAGCCACAUAUACCAAUCUGAGGAGAUCAGAUAUCACAAGUAUAUACGAUCAGCUGAAGCCUGAGAUCUCGGCAGACACCAAUGUUAUAGGAUCAGAAGAGGCUGCAGCUAAUAAUUAUGAGAAAUUUCAAUGAGAAUACAAUUACCUGUAAUAACCAUAGGUCCAUAGUUCUUAUGUAGGAUAUUGCUGGUAGUACUACAGAUUUCCUCUAUUUGUUCUAUCUUUGUUUCAUCAUUGUCUUAAGGAAUGUUAUAAUUACAGAUGAGCGAAGUAUUGGAAAUCCAAUUCGACUGCUUUUGUGGAAUUUUACAAAAGCGCAUAUCUUUGUAAGUAGUGGGUGCAAUGAUAGGGAACAGCGAUUGCAGCGAUCCCCGUCAUUGCAUCCCUCGGAUGUUGCAUUUAUUGCGUCAUCUGACAUAAAUCUUAGAAUGUAAAAUAAAAUAAAUAAAUAAAAUCAUACUUACCUCUAACAUUUGAUUGCGAAGAGCCAGCCGUCACUAUCUUGAUUGAAGAUUCAGCGCAAAAUGCAAAAUGUUGUGCGGCUAGUCAUAACAUCAGUACGACGGCCGGCAUGGUAACGUCAUACGUCACCGCACAUGGGAAUUCACAAGGGAUCUUCAAUUUGGAUGGUGGCGCACAGAUCUUCAUCCUCAAAUGGAUGAGGUAAGUAUGAUUUUUUACAUUUUUUCUGAGAAAUUGAUUCGUUUCCAUGAAGCACGAGGAAAAUCGGAUUUGCUGCAAAUUGAAUUUUACCUGAACUUCAGAUUAAAGUCCACUUUUGUUCUACAAUAGUUAUAAAGGUUAAAAUGUGUAGAAACCCUCUUAUUGCCUAUAUACAGUACAUGAAUCUAUGACCCAUAAUGUAUGAGUGUUCCUCUGACCUAAGGGAGUUACGCAGGUACAAAGUACUGGGCAAGUAAAGGGGGGGGGGGGGGUCCUGGAACCAAAAUCAAAAUGUACUGUAGGUGGUAAUAUAGUCCUGUGAUCACAGCUUCAUUUCUACACUGUUAUCAUGUGUCACUCCGAUGUGAUCUGCUGCUCAGACAUUAUUGCUACUUAAGAACCAAUUAUAUCAGUCUGACAUCAAAAGAUGGGAGGGUCCCCCCUAAUCAGGACCCUCAUUUAUUUAUUAGAGAAAAUAAUAGCUACAAAGUAUAUCUCUGCAGGACCCAGCUCAUCCAUGUGCUACACGAACAGGCUACUGAUUGCCAUGUAAAAUGUGUGAUACUUUGUUUCACCUGUGGAGGCGCUGCAGAAACAAGUAUAAAAGUGCCAAAGACAAAAAGCAACAAUCAGAUCACAGCUUUCAAUACUAGUUUAAAACCUAAUACACUGCAAUGUUUAGAUCUGAUGAUGAACAAACAA